GGUGUUUUCUUAGUAUAAAGCCGGUGGUGCUCGUGUCGAUCGUCAUAAACCAACGAAGGACACCAGAUUCUAUGUCACACUCCUUAUCUCACUCCAUAUUUUAAACUUUAUUUUGUAAAUAGUACAAUCUACGGUGCAAAAAAUAGUAUUUUAUACGAUCGUUUACAUGAACUGUGGAGAUGGCCUUUGAAUACUCCGCAACAUUGAGCCUCUGGAGUCUGGACAAGAGCGCAAUCUAGACCUCGACGCUGUCUUUUGUGAAUUGCUUCUCCUGUUCAAAGUCACAGCUACUCUUUCUCCCUCGCUGAGUCUGAGUCUGUCUCUCUCUCUGUUCAUGUAUGUAUUCAAAUGGCUCGUUAAUUUAGCUGAUAUAUCCACUCGCGUGUGCUGUGUGCCUCCAGCUCCAGGCUCCAGGUCUUAUAUAUACUGCCCCUUCUCACCUGACACAGCUCCCUCUAACCCAUGCACCCUCUAGCUUCGACAGCCACUUCCACUACUUACCUCUCUCUAUCCCUCCUCCUGCAGCUGCAACAAGUACUGCCAGGGAGUACUAAGCAGUUAUGAACAUGACUAGCCCCAGGCUAAAGCUCUUCGGCUUCCACGUCUCCGAGGAGGAGCACGAGCUGGGCCGGGCCCGGGAGACGGAAGCGGAAGCCGAGCCGGACGAGGCGCCGGCGUGCGGCAACGUCGGUGGCGGCGGCGGAGGCUCCGACUCGUCGUCCUCGUCUACCACCACCACCACCACGACCACGGCCACGGCGGCCGGCGACGCGCGGAGGUUCGAGUGCCAGUACUGCUGCCGCGAGUUCGCCAACUCGCAGGCGCUGGGCGGCCACCAGAACGCGCACAAGAAGGAGCGGCAGCAGCUCAAGCGCGCGCAGCUGCAGGCCGCGGCGGCGGCCGCCGGCCGGGUCGCCGCGGGCGGGGCGCUCUACCCGCGCGCCAACCCGAUGGUGUCCGCCUUCGUGCCGCCGCCGCACCUCUUCGGCGGCGGCGGAGACGCGGCGCCCACGAGCUGGGUCUACUUCUCCCCGCGCGCCGCCGCGGCCGGGGGCCAGCAGUUCCACGUCUCCCACAACUGCGUGUUCCCGUCGCGCGCCGCCACGCCAGCCACCGUGACGGCCGCCUCGCCCGCCGUGUUCUCGUACGCCUCGGCGUCCUCCGCCGGCGGCGGCGCCUCGGCGGCCUACGUGACCGACGACCAGUACAGCGGGCGGAGGGUCCACGUGAGCCCGGCGGCCGCCCUGAGGAGAUACCCCGGCAUGGCAGCUGGGCCUGGGAUGGCGGUGGUGGCGGAGCCGGUCGUGGCCGGGCCGGAGGACGCCCUGGGGCUGGACCUGCAGCUCAGCCUUGCGCCGGCCGGCUUGUGACUUGGACGGUCCGGUCUCGAUCUCGUCGUCGAUGGAGAUGGAGAUCGCGCGCGCGAGCUGCCACGCACCAUGCAGUUGCCUUGCCUUGGUGUAGUAAAAGAUAGUUGAUCGCCAACUAGAACUACUGCUGCUACAGCUAAAAAAGUCUGUACUAAGAUCGAUCGAUCGAUCGUCCGAUCCCUGGCUAGGUAAUUAGCACCAGUAAUUACGUUUAGUUGCCGGGAUUUAAUUUGGAGAGCUGCAUGCAUGUAAGCCAUCUUCUGUAUGUAAGAUUCCGGUUGUAGCUAAUUGAUCAUGUUGUGCAUGACGAUUUCAAGGAUGGCCGCCAUGCAUUGCGCAGACCCUGCGAAUUUUUGGUUGAUCCGUCCAUCCAUCAAUCAAUCAAUCUCUGCCAUUUUCUUC